CGUUGAGGGUUUAAACCUUAAUUUUGCUUUAUAUUCACAACACAACAACAACAACAACAACAAAGAAAAAAACCCCGAAGGGUGGUUUUGACGUGUCAACCCUGCUCUUCUUUUCUACUUUCUUCCCCCAUCCGACAGCCAGAAAAUAUCCUUUAAAUUUGAUUGGACAUCAACUCAAAACUCUGCCUAUAUUUGCUCCUUCCUUCUUUUGCUUGCAUUUGUAGCUACAAAAAACUAAACACAAAAUUUUGUCCCAAAAAAGAACAUGAUGGAGGUUUUAUCUUCUUCGUCUUCUUCGUCUUUGCCGAUUAAUUUCCGGUCACGUUGCUUAUUUUCUCAUCCUUCAUCACCUUCACGUUUCCCUUCCCAUUUCCAUCCAAAUGACAACAAUUCAGUUUCUUCUUCAACUUCUUCUUGUUUUGGCCUAUCAAUCUCUCGUUCCAAUAGCUUUGUUCACGUUAAACGCUUCAAUUCUCGUAGAAGAAGCAACAGGCCCUUACGAAUUUCUGCAGUUUUCGAGCGUUUCACAGAGCGAGCUAUCAAAGCUGUUAUCCUUUCUCAAAGGGAAGCCAAGUCUCUAGGCAAUGAUAUGGUUUUCACCCAGCAUCUUUUGCUGGGUUUGAUCGGUGAAGACCGCGACCCCGAUGGUUUUUUAGGGUCAGGCUUAAACAUUGUUGAGGCUCGUGAGGCUGUUCGUAGCAUUUGGCAAACUAGUAAUCAUGAUUCGGGUAAACAAGAAGGGUCCAUUGUUUCUUCAACGGAGGUGCCGUUUUCUGCAAGCACAAAACGGGUUUUUGAGGCUGCCGUGGAGUAUUCGAGGAGUAUGGGUUAUAAUUUUAUUUCACCAGAACAUAUUGCUAUUGGAUUGUUCACGGUUGAUGAUGGAAAUGCUGAUCAGGUCCUUAAAAGACUGAAAGCAAAUGUAAAUCACUUGGCAACUGCAGCAGUCGCCAGACUGCAAGGGGAGCUUGCAAAAGAUGGUAGGGAACCUCCAGUGUCGUCAAAAAAGAUGCCUGAAAAAUCUCUCUCUCGUAAUGCUGCUGGCACAAGGUCCCCCGACAAGACAAAAGGGGAAAGUCCUCUGGAUCAAUUCUGUGUGGAUCUUACAGCUCGUGCAAGUGAGGGACUCAUUGAUCCUGUUAUUGGCAGGGAGAAUGAAGUUCAAAGAAUUAUUCAGAUACUUUGUCGCAAGUCCAAGAAUAACCCUAUUCUUCUUGGUGAAAGUGGAGUUGGUAAAACAGCCAUUGCUGAAGGACUUGCAAUCAGGAUUGCACAGGCACAAAUCCCAGCAUUUUUGUUGAAUAAAAGAAUAAUGUCCUUGGACAUAGGACUUCUGAUGGCUGGUGCAAAGGAGAGGGGAGAGCUGGAGGCACGUGUUACUGCUUUACUAAGCGAGGCAAUAAAAUCAGGUGAAGUCAUUCUAUUUAUUGAUGAAGUCCACACACUUAUAGGAUCUGGUACAGUCGGCCGAGGAAAUAAGGGAGCUGCUCUUGAUAUUGCCAAUCUAUUGAAGCCUGCACUUGGGAGGGGUGAAUUACAGUGUAUGGCAUCAACCACUAUUGGGGAAUAUAGGACCCAAUUUGAUAAGGAUAAAGCAUUAGCGCGAAGAUUCCAGCCAGUAUGGAUUAAUGAACCAAGCCAGGAGGAUGCAGUAGGGAUACUGCUUGGUCUGCGUGAAAAAUACGAGUCCCAUCACCGCUGCAAGUACACUCUGGAAGCAAUAAAUGCUGCUGUGUACCUGUCAGCAAGAUACAUUCCUGACAGGUAUCUUCCUGAUAAAGCAAUUGAUCUCAUUGAUGAGGCUGGAAGUAGAGCUCGUAUUGAAGCAUUUAGGAGGAAAAGAGAGCAAGAAACUGACAUUCUCUCUAAGGCACCUGAUGAUUAUUGGGAAGAAAUAAGAACCGUGCUGGCCAUGCAUGAAGUGGUCUUGGCCAGUAGGUUGAAACAUUGUAAUGGUGCUUCCAAUGUGGAUGAUUCUAGUGAAGACCUUUUCAAAUCCCAGUUGCCUUCUGCUUCAGAUGAUGAUGAACCUAUAAUGGUGGGACCUGAAGAAAUUGCAACAGUUGCUUCAGCUUGGUCAGGGAUCCCUGCUCAGCAAAUCACUGCCGAUGAAAGAAUGCUUCUAGUUGGCCUUGAAGAGCAACUUAAGAAAAAGGUCGUUGGUCAGGACGAGGCUGUUGCUGCCAUUUCUCAAGCUGUGAAGAGAUCUCGUGUUGGCCUGAAGGAUCCAGAUAGACCAAUAGCCGCAAUGAUCUUUUGUGGUCCAACUGGGGUUGGAAAAACUGAGUUAACAAAAGCUUUAGCAGCAUGCUAUUUUGGGUCGGAGGAUGCUAUGCUAAGAUUGGACAUGAGUGAAUAUAUGGAGCGGCAUACAGUGAGUAAAUUAAUAGGAUCACCCCCCGGUUAUGUCGGGUAUGAAGAGGGGGGUAUGCUCACAGAAGCUAUUAGAAGACGACCAUUCACGUUGUUAUUGCUUGAUGAAAUAGAGAAGGCCCAUCCAGAUAUAUUCAACAUCCUUCUACAAUUGUUUGAAGAUGGCCACCUCACAGAUUCACAGGGUCGAAGAGUAUCUUUCAAGAAUGCAUUGGUGGUGAUGACUUCAAAUGUGGGUUCUUCUGCUAUUGCAAAAGGUAGACGUGCUUCCAUCGGCUUCUUGCUCAAUGACGAUGAAUCUGCUUCAUAUACUGGAAUGAAAGCUUUGGUAAUGGAAGAACUGAAGACAUAUUUCCGUCCAGAGUUACUCAACAGGAUUGAUGAAGUAGUUGUAUUUCGGUCUCUAGAAAAAUCUCAGAUGCUUGAGAUUGUAGACCUGAUGUUGCAAGAGGUGAAAACAAGGCUCAUGUCACUUGGAAUUGGUUUAGAGGUGUCUGAGUCAAUCAAGGACCUCAUUUGUGAACAAGGUUAUGACCGGACCUUUGGUGCUCGGCCCCUUCGGAGGGCAGUUACCACAAUAAUUGAAGAUCCCUUGAGUGAAGCUCUCCUGGCUGGAGAAUACAAGCCUGGCGAAAUAGUUUUUAUUGAUCUAGAUGCUUCAGGAAACACCGUCUUUUCAAGUCCAUCAGAUAAGGUCAUCACUGUGUCUGAUACAGCAUCUACCUACUAGUUACUUGUUCCUAGUACUAUAUCAUUUGAUGAUGUAGCCUUAUACAUGUAGAAAGUAUACGGGUAUUUUUUUUUUUGGUGGAUUUAGAGUAUAUUUUAAUUUAUUCAAUUGUAUAUAAGUAAAGCUUUUAAGUUGGCAAAUAUAAUAUAUAUAGUACAUCUACGUUGUUAUAUAUACUAGAGCACUGCCAGUUAUCAAAUAGAUUAUCUUGAUAUUUGAUUCGAGUA